AUGGCGCCGAAGGAGAGAGCACCUAGGGUUAGCAGAAACCCUGAUUUGAUCAGGGGAAUUGGAAAAUUCUCAAAGUCUCAGAUGUACCACAAGAGAGGUAUUUGGGCUAUUAAGGCCAAAAACGGCGGCGCUUUCCCUCGCCAUGAUCCCAAACCUAAACCUGAAACUCCUGCCGAGAAACCACCCAAAUUUUACCCUGCUGAUGAUGUGAAGAAACCACUUCUCAACAAGCACAAGCCAAAGCCUACCAAGCUCAGGGCCAGCAUUACCCCAGGAACAGUGCUGAUUCUACUUGCUGGUAGAUUCAAGGGAAAGAGGGUUGUGUUUUUGAAGCAGCUUCCUUCUGGAUUGCUUCUUGUAACCGGUCCCUUCAAAAUUAAUGGAGUUCCCUUGAGACGUGUGAACCAGUCCUAUGUGAUUGGCACAUCCACCAAAGUGGAUAUCUCCGGUGUCAAUGUGAGCAACUUUGAUGAUAAGUAUUUUUCAAAGGAUGCCAAGAAAAAGAAGAGCAAAGGAGAAGGCGAAUUCUUUGAGUCAGACAAAGAGGAGAAAAAAGUUUUACCUCAGGAGAAGAAAGAUGAACAGAAAACCGUUGAUGCUGCAUUGAUUAAAGCAAUCGAGACCGUCCCGGAUUUGAAGACUUAUCUAGGUGCUAGGUUUUCUCUCAAGGCCGGUGUGAAGCCACAUGAGCUAGUCUUUUAG